AUGAAAUGGUUAGACAACCAAGAUGCUGUGGACUGUGUUUGCUGUUUUGCUCCUAAAAAUGAGACUAUGCAACACGUGUUUGUGGAAGGCAAAGCUGCUGAAUACAUAUGGAAAGCUAUGGGAGCUUCUCUUGGCAUCCAACAUCAUCAUAUACCAAUAAGGGGACUCUUGAACUACUGGUGGAACAGGAAAGCCAAAAACAAAGUUCAUAAAUUGAUUCUACAAGCCACCCCAAUCAUGGUUUGCUGGGAAAUAUGGAAAGCAUGGACUGCUUAUAAGUAUGGAGAUAACAACAAGUUCCAGUUGUACAGAAUGGUCACUAAGUGCAUAUGGAACAUGAAAGCUGUGAUUCAAGAUGCAUUCCCCUCUGUUGUUAUAGAUGAGAGUUGGAUCAGCAUAUGCAACUAUGUUAAAAGGCUUAGCCCAAUUAUCAGAUCAGUCACUAUCAAAUGGAACAAACCACAAACUAAUAUGACAAAGUUGAACACUGAUGGGAGUCACUUCAAGAGUACUAGUAAGGCAGGAAUUGAAGGAGUGGUGAGAAAUGAACAUGGUGAUCUCAUUGCAACCUUCUCCUUCCUUGUUCAAUGCAACAGUAGCAAUCAGGUAAAAGUACUUGCUAUCAGAACUGGAGUGGAAUGGUGCAUACAAAAUGGGGUGUUGAACCUUCAUGUGGAACUGGAUAGUAUGGUUAUAGCAAACAUGCUGAUUAACAAAGAUACUGAUAACCUCAAGCUCAAACACAUUGUGAGGAGUACUACUAACCUGCUAAAUGGCACCAAGCACUGCAUAUCUCAUUGCUUCAGAGAAGUCAACAAAUGUGCUGAUUUUUUGGCCAAGCUAGCUGCUACAAGUGGUAAUAGGACCUUCUAUCACUCUCUACGAGAACUGCCUAGAGAGGUAAAGGGACUAUUACAACUUGACAAAGGACAGGUCCCUACUUUUAGAAGAAGCUAUGAAAAAAGUAAUUUCUUUGUUAGUUAA